AUGGCCCUGGCUACAGCGUUGGAGGGACAGCUACAACUGAGAGAGGUUGCGGGGGUUCCCCUGCAGGCUAGCACUGUGGACAACUGGAGCCAGAUCCAGAACUUUGAGGCCAAGCCGGAUGAUUUCCUCAUCUGUACCUACCCUAAAUCAGGGACCACAUGGAUUCAGGAAAUUAUGGACAUGAUUGAGCAGAAUGGAGACAUGGAGAAAUGUCAGAGAGCCAUCAUUCAACACCGCCAUCUUUUCAUUGAGUGGGCUCGGCCGCCCCAGCCCUCUCGGGUGGAAAAAGCCAAAGCAAUGCCCUCUCCACAGAUACUAAGGACUCACCUUCCAACUCAGCUCUUGCCUCUGUCUUUCUGGGAAAACAACUGCAAGUUCCUUUAUGUAGCUCGAAAUGCCAAAGACUGCAUGGUUUCCUACUACCAUUUCCAAAGGAUGAAUCAAAUUCUUCCUGACCCUGGUACCUGGGAAGAGUAUUUUGAAACCAUCAGUGGAAAAGUAGUGGGCUGGGGUUCCUGGUAUGACCAUGUGAAGGGAUGGUGGGAGAUAAAAGACAGAUACCAGAUUCUCUUCCUCUUCUAUGCGGACAUAAAACGGGACCCAAAGCAUGAAAUUCAGAAAGUGAUGCAGUUCAUGGGAAAGAACUUGGAUGAAACAAUGCUAGAUAAAAUUGUCCAGGAGACAUCAUUUGAGAAAAUGAAAGAAAAUCCCAUGACAAAUUGUUCCACAGUUCCUAAAUCUAUCCUGGACCAGUCCAUUUCCCUCUUCAUGAGAAAAGGUACUGUGGGGGAUUAGAAAAACCACUUCACUGUGGCUCAGAAUGAGAGAUUUGAUGAAAUCUAUAGGCAAAAGAUGGAAGGAACAUCAACAAAUUUCUUCACAGAACUCUGAGCAAGAC